CGACCAUUUCAUUGGGUAUGGCUUCUCUAUACUCAAUGCAAUAAAGUAAUAUUUUAUUUCCAGUAUUGAGAAAUCUUCUGAUUGAACUAUUAAUACAAUGGAUAAUUUAGAACAAAAGAAAAACGAAACGCAAAAUAAUUACCAAACAACAGAAGAAGAAACAAAUAAUAUAGUGAACAAAACUUUGACUCGGAUGACUUUAUACGAAGAACCUAAAUAUGUGGGAUACGGCUACCGACAUCAGCAGACAUUCCUAUUAUUCGUCUGUUUGACAGUAGCUUACAGUAUGAGGACAUGCAUAGGGGUGGCCAUGGUGGCAAUGGUGCAUGGAAGCUCUGAUAAAAAUAUUAACACGACUAAAUUAACUAGUUCCUCAAAUUCAAUUGAAGCUGAUAAUCAGACGGAGAUAAGAAACGUUGGAAUACUAAAUGGAAUUAUAUUUUACAAACCAUACCCAAAAUUUCAAUGGGACAAAAAAACUCAAGACUACAUGAUGGCGGCAUUUUCGUGGGGAUACGUCAUUCUGCAGAUACCGGCGGGCCAACUUGCUCAUCGGUAUGGUACUAGGUACCUCCUUACAGGCGCGUUGGUUAUAAACGGAAUAAUGUCUUUUUGUACGCCAUGGGCGGCCUAUUAUGGAGGUUGGGUAUUUGUCGUGGUUCUUCGAAUGGUUCAAGGCUUAAGUCAGUCUUGUCUGAUACCAGGUAUGCACACAGCAUUUGGAAAAUGGGUGCCUUUAGAAGAACGAGGCAGGUUGUCGGCAUUUGCAUAUGGAGGCCAACCUCUAGGAAUUGUCUUGGGGCUACCAAUAACAGGCUACAUAGCAGCUUCUCCGCUUGGCUGGCCGGGGAUUUUCCGCUUCUAUGGACUUUUGUCAUUAUCCAUGGGGGCCAUCCUCUGGUUUCUUGGAGCUGAUUCCCCUGGCCAACACUCAAAAAUCUCUGUUGCUGAGAAACGGUACAUCGAGGAGUCUCUGGGAGGAACUAGUACCACGGGCAAGAAUCAUCUAAAUGUCCCUUGGAAGGAGAUGCUACGAUGCAAGGCGUUGUACGCUAUCGUGGUUGCUCACAUCGGGCAGUCCUGGGGUCAGUUGUCGUUGUACACGGAGGUUCCGGCGUUUAUGGACACAGUAAUGAAAGUCAACAUAAAAGCCAACGGGCUCCUGACAGCAUUGCCUUUCUUCGUGAUGUGGCUCGCUAACUUUUUCUUUUGCUGGUUCGCCGAUAUGCUCAUAGUCAAAAAGUUGCUAUCCGUCACCAAUACUAGAAAAUUGGCUAAUACAUUAGGUAGUGUCAUACCUGCGUUUGGACUUAUCUUGUUGGCUUACGUUGAGAAGGAUAUUGUUAUUGUAGAAACAAUUUUAGUUAUCACCUGUGUCUUCAAGACCGCCUUUCAUGUUGGCUGUUAUGUAAACCACCUCGAUUUGGCUCCUAAUUUCGCUGGUACGAUGAUGAGUAUCAGCAACUUUGUAGCUAAUAUAUGCAGUUCCCUGGCGCCAGUGGUCGCAGGUUUUAUUCUUGUCGCGGAUGUCACUAGUGAACUACUUUGGCGUAAGGUGUUUUUGGUAGCUGCUGGGCUAUACUUGGUAACUGAUCUGGUUUACGUCGUCAUUGGCUCGGCCGAGUUACAGGAUUGGAAUAACCCUGAACAAUGUAAGAAUAAAAAUAUAGAAAACGGAGAACAAACACCGAUGUUAUAGCUAUUUCGUAAUUAAAAGUUAAACAGUUUGUA